AUGGCUCCGAAAUACUUGUUAUGGUUAUGUGGGUUUGUCGUGGCCGCCGUAAUUUCAGCCGCCGAGCACCGCCGGCCACCUCAACGGAGGAUGCUUUCUGAGUCGCUAAUUAAAGAACUCGAUGACGUGGGCCCAACUUCUCCCCAACAGGUGCAUAUAUCUUUGAGUGGGCCGAACCACAUGAGAAUAUCGUGGAUCACUUCAUAUCCAACUCCGCCAGUUGUGUACUACGGCCCAAGCCCAGGCCCAGGGUCCAAAAGAUUCUCAGACAAUGGAACCACCAAUCAAUAUGGCUAUUUGACUUACCAAUCCGGACAAACGCACGACGUCGUCAUCGGCCCAUUGGACCCAAACUCAGUGUACUAUUACCGCUGUGGCUCACCUUCCUCUCCGGAGCUCACCUUCAAAACUCCUCCAUCACAAUUUCCCAUCAAAUUUGCAAUCAUAGGUGACCCUGGUCAAACCGAGUACACAAAGUCAACCCUCGACCACAUGUCGAAAGCGGGAUAUGAUGUCCUUAUACUAGCGGGUGACCUAGCGUACGCGGACUUGAAGCAACGGUUAUGGGACGCCUUUGGACAUCUCGUGCAGCCGCAGGCCAGCCGCCGCCCGCGGAUGGUCACCCAAGGCAACCACGAAAUCGAGAGAAUCCCUUUCAUACACAAGGAAAAGUUCACAUCGUACGACGCCGGGUCGGCCCAGUACAGGUGGCUGCAGGCCGACCGCGGGAAAACCCCGUGGCUCGUGGCUAUAAUGCACGCGCCGUGGUACAAUACCAUCAAUGCACAUCAAGGUGAGUACGAGUCGAGCGUCAUGAGGGAGUCCAUGGAGGAUUUGCUCUACAAGGCAAGCGUCGACGUGGUUUUCGCUGAUCAUGUUCAUGCGUACGAACGCUUUGUGCGCGUCUACAAGAACAAGGCCGAUAAAUGUGGGCCCGUGUACAUAACAAUUGGGGAUGGGGGUAACCGCGAAGGCCUUGCUACGAACUAUAUUGAUCCACAACCAAGUAUUUCGGCGUUUAGAGAGCCGAGUUUUGGGCACGGGCAAUUUCAGAUAGCAAAUGCAUCUCACGCUUUGUGGACGUGGCAUAGAAACGACCAUGAUGUUGCUGUUGCAUCCGACCAAAUCUGUACAUUUGAUGGUGAGAAUGAUGGUCGAUAUUAUGAUAAUUUGAAUGAAGAAGCGAACGUCCACGAGACUGAAAGCGGAAAUGAGGACGAGAAUGAGCAAGUCGAGCAUGAUAAUGAAAUUGAGGACAUCAAUGAUGGUCGGGAUUAUGAUGAUUUCAAUGGAGAAGCGAACGUCCACGAGAAUGGACACGAAAAUAUUGACGAGAAUGGGCAACUCGAGCAGGAUAAUGAAAAUAAGGACACCGGUCGGAGGAAGAAUGUUAAUAUUCAUAAUGUGCCAGCAAUUAACCUUUUCCAAAAGUGA